AAUUAACUGAUACCCGGUGUAUUCGUGACGCUCGCACCGGAGUGAUGCAAGAGUGAACGAUGGGGGCGGACCCGUUCAGGGUCUCUAGCUGAACAUAGAUUCACCCGGCUCAUUCAUUGCCAGAGCUGAACCACUCAGCAGUUUGAGUCAAAGCCGAAAGGACAACUUUCAUAUUCACAAGAUGUAGAGCUUGCUUAGUCAAGGGAGUUCUCGUGAAUGGCAGUCUCCAAAACAUCCUGCAGGGACAGUCACGCCCAGUUUUUAAGCUAAACUGAAAUGAAUGAUAUUGUGCUUGCUCCAUCUAAAACUAUCCUGAUGAUCAUCAAAACCAGAUUGAGUUGGAAGAUUUACGAUGAGUGACAUCUCUUUCCUGCUGAACUUGAUGGGUGUCAGAAGCGCCCUUCUCUCAUUCAGUUUAUGGCUUUGUCGAUACACCCAGUAGUGUGCAGUCGGAACAGGGUAUCGGCAAUGAACCCCUUGUGGAAAAUCCAAGACUCGGUUGUAAGGGCUGCGACAAGGGAGGACUGAACACUAGUUUCUGCUAGUGGAAAAAAAAACACAUUUAGAAAAAGGACAAAGCAGCUUUAGUAAAGAAAAAAAGCCGCGAGUCAUGGGUAUACAGCACCUUUUGCUUCUUUUGAUAUAUCUGGACCAACUAAACGUACUGUGCGCAGCUACAGGGAAGAAGGUGAAGGUUGUUCCUAAACGAACUCAGAAGGCGAAGGAAGUCAACAGCACUGCCAUUCCCACAGCAGCUCCGCGGCGGAUAACACAGGUCCAGCCGCCUGCAACGGGUGGGCAUGAAACGUGCCUGGGUUAUUACGACGUGAGCGGACAAUUUGAUAAAGAAUUCGAAUGCAAUAACACCGACCACCGUUACUGCUGUGGAAGUUGUUUUCUGCGGUUCUGUUGUCAGUUUAAAGGAAACCGAUUAGAUCAGAAAACCUGUACCAAUUACAACACACCAGACUGGGUCAAAACCCAGCCUCCAUCCCCUGUGCCAACAGGUAACACUUACGAUCCAAAUUUGGAUCAGACGAAUACAACAGUCUACAUCACUUGUGGGGUAAUAGCUUUUAUCAUCGUCCUCGGAGUUUCUGCGAAAGUUGCUUAUGACAAAGCAACCAGGCCCCCUCAGGAAAUGAAUGUCCACAGAGCACUUGCAGAGAUUUUGAGGCAACAAGGACCCAUUCCAAUAUCUCAAUAUGAGCGUGAAAAUAUUGCAGCAAUGGAUGGCUCGCCCAAAGAAAAUACACCUGUUCGGACUUCUAAAAACCACUACACCCCAGUUCACACAUCAAAAUCAAAUCACGGAGGACAUUACACGAAAGAAAAUGUUCGCAGCGGAGGGCACGAUCUUCACAAUUUUAUCUCCUCGGGGUUUGUGACGUUAGGACGAGGACAUCUAAAAGGAACCCAACAGUGGCCAGGGCGGGCGCAGAGCCAUCAUGGUAGCCACCAACACAACUACAAUCACCUGGUUCUAGCUAGCCCAACUCGUACACCUAAAAAUGCCCACAGAGCAGUGAGACAUGAGAGCUCUCGGAUGAACAGUAUUCUUACCUCGCAGACAGAACCCUACGACCUGUCUUUCUCCCGCUCCUUCCAGAGCCUCUCCCACUUGCCCCCUUCCUACGAGUCAGCCGUCAAAGCUGAUUUAAACAAAUAUUCCUCUCUCAAGAGACUAACCGAUAAGGAUGUAGAUGAGUACUACACACGGAAACGGCACCUGCCUGACCUGGCCGCUCGUGGCACACUCCCCCUGCAUGUGAUCAAGAUGACCCAGGAGCAGCAGGGCACAGCGCAGCGGCAGCGUCCCCGACGUGUGCAGAGGGCCAUGUCCCAGGACCAGGUGCUUUCCCCAGAGAGGGGCACUGUGCACGACUAUGGCGUGUCCUCCUAUGACAUGUCUGCUUACGGAGGGCGCAUCCUGUCCGAUGAGCAGCUGCUGUCAGCUGAGCGUCUCCUCUCCCAGGACCGCCUCCACUCCCAGGACCGCCUCGUCUCCCAGGACCGCCUCUACUCACAGGACCGUCUCCACUCCCAGGAUCCGCUCCUCUCUCCCGACAAGAUGAUGUCACUGAAGCGCUCCAGCCUCCAUGACAAGGCCAUGUCCAGAGCCCUGUCCCACACAGAUGUGUUCAUGCCCACCACGCCCAUCAUGGACCGGUACAAGAUGACAAAAAUGCACUCUCAUCCCAGUGCCUCAAACAAUGCGCACAACACUUUAACUAUGAACCAAACUGCCACCAAGCGGCAGGCGUUCGCAGCCCGACGGACCCACACUGUGGAGCAGCUGCAUUACAUCCCAGGACACCACCACCACUACCGCACAGGGAGCAAGACCGAGGUAACUGUUUAAUUAGGACACACAGAGCUUUCAUUGUUGUCCAAGAGCAGCAAAGAUGGCAAAGAGCAGCACCAACAAUACCAACAACAACAGGAGCAACUAGAUUAGAGUAGUCCCAGCAAAGUCAUAUUGGCUACAGUAGGGUAAGAUAUUUUUUUUUAACUUACCAACUAAAUUGGAAUUUGUUUUCAACACUUGCUUUCCAAUUCAUGCAGUGUUUGGUUCCCAUUUGACGGAUAAAGGAUUUAAAAGGCAGAUCAAAUAUUAUGCGACUUUUAAGGGCUUCGCAGGUUGGCACAUAAGGAGCGAUAUCUCAGUGGUUUCCGGUAUGAAAGAACGACAUGCUUAAGGAUGUGGAACUGGAAUAAAAUUGUAAUAACUUUAUAAAUAUAUACAUAUAUAUCUACUAUUUGUUCUUACAGUCCUAGUUAUAGCUUUAGAGAUUCUUGAACUAAACUGGUGUUAGCACUUCUAUUGGUGCCUCUCAAAAAUGCUCCAUUUCAGUAAUGAAGUGGCUUUGUGGGUUAAAAAGCACAAUCAAUUCAGAAAUGAAUUUUACGUUUCCUUUUCAUUUUGGUAAUGGCUAGCACGUAUCAGCUUAUCGUUAAAACAAUGGCAAUUCCUUUGCGUAGAUGAUUGUAAAUAGGCUAUACUAGCAGCAGUAAAUGGGAGAGUCUACUGGUAGGCUUUUGUACUAAUAAAACUAUUUAUGUUGUGGAGUCACAUAUAUUGGCCCCAAUUUCAGAAUAGACAACCCAAUGAACAAAUACAUGACUUAAAAAUGAGUACAGUAAAGUAUGUGUGUGUAUUUAAAUGUGUUUGUAGACUGAGAAGUUGAAUGAAUGUGGUUGACCGACAAUAUACCACUGUUGAUAUCCGGCUUUAGACUGUGUCCCAGUGAUUCUCAAAACAUGUAACUAUCCUAAGCUAGUUUCAGUAGCGUCAAAUGAUACUUCAUUAUUUUUUCCAAUACGGAAUUUUCUUUUACAUCCAAUGUUUGUGCUUGGCCAGGAAAAGCUGCUUUCUUUCUUUCUUUGUUUAUUUAUUUCUUUUUACAUAUCAAUAAAUCUGUGUAUAUAAAACACAUUUGUUUGCAUAUGUCAAACUGGAAUAAUUAUUAUUGUGUAUUGGGUAAAUUGUUACAGAUGUCUUGACUAAAAUGAAACAAUCAAUGGAGACUAUAAUAUAAUACUAGCAAAGGAAAGAUUAAAACUGUGAAUUAUUUGUCAAGAUGUUUUAAUUAAAGCAAUGCCUUAUAUUAUAAAUCCCAAACAAUUGAUGAACUUAAUAUUUUCUCGUCAGCAUCUUUCUCAAUUUUGAUGGAGACUGGCCUUUUAUUCUAAUUUUAUUUAUAAUCUUCUUAGAGGAUGAUGUGAGGAGUACCAGCAAUAGAUAGAUAACACAGAUGAUACCUCAGAUUUUGGGAAAGACUGUAGGUUCCUAAAGAGGAGGGGAAGUUAUUGAAAGAAAAUAUAUAGUAUUAAAUCAAAUGUGAAAAACUGUCUAGAAAACAGUUAUAUAUAUAUUUAAUUCAGUUUUCAAUAUUGUUUUUGGUUUUGAAGAAAUAUAUUUAAGAACUCAUCGAGAAUGUCUUAACGCAGAACAGAGAGAUGAAGGUAUGUAAUAAAUCCUGCCCACUGGAUUGUUAAAAAAAAGUCAAUUUUGGAGGCCCAAAGAGUGUACUGACCUAGUAUGAAAUAUUUAAGUGGUAAAGAAGUUAUGUUAAAUAUCAGGGUCGACGCCAAUGCUUUAAUUAUUUGAAAUGGGUAACACUUACAGUAUUUAUCUGUUGCACUUGCGGUGUGCAUGCUAAUUUUGGAGACAGAUUCAGUUGAAAAUCAUUUCCCAUUGAAUCCCUUCCCCUGUCUGGCAUUACCCUCAUGACUAUUACAUACAGUAAGAGCAACUGAAUCAUCAUUGCUCAUGUUUUUGAAAAAGGAUUUAUUUCAGUACUUCAGUACAAUGUUUUUUUAGCAAGCCAUCUCAUGAAAUGUAAAAUAACACACUGCCUUAUAUUUUUUUAUCACUCAGUUUUAAAGCUGAGAGAAACUGGAAGGGACUGUAGUCAACUCAAAAAGGAAAGUACUUAAGUUCAAAAAUCUUCCAGAAAAGGGCUUAUGUAAUUGUUCUGAUAAAAUAUCACGAUUAAUAACCACACAUUACAUUACUAUAUUGUAUGUACUUUAUUAUCCUUGCCACUUUCCUUUUCAGAGAAUUCUUAGAAUAUAAUAUAAGUAAGAAAUAGGUUUUCCCCAGUUUCUGAGCUUCUACUGCUUAUCUUAUCAUUGUAGAAAUGAUUGGCAUUCUUGGUACAUGAUCGAAUGUGAUAGUCAACAUUUCCCAUAUCUACAUUAUGUGAAAUCAUUGUUUCAGAACACAAUCCUUGUUAAAAGUAAAGUGCCAUUUGUGUAAAAUUGUAGUAAGUGUAAAUUAUCAGUUGUUAUUAAAUUCUCUUAGAGGGGAAAAUAUAACAUAAGCCAUUUAAUGCAGCCCUCCAGUUUACUACUCAGAAGUGCAAGGAGGCCAUUUUGGUCCCUGCCACAGGCAUUGUGGCUAGCAUGGCUUUGUUUAAUAGAAACUGUAUUGUAGGGUUUACUGACUACACGCUUUACCCACUAGAUCUACAGUACAAUCGUGUAAUCACGCGCCAAACCUCCAAUCAUGUAUUGCAUUUCAAAUACAGCAAACCAAUAUUGUCAAACCUAAGCCACCGUUUGGGUUUGUUGUUUGUAUGGGUGCUUUCUUACCUAUCUGCUAGAACAUUCCUUUGUCAUAUAUUGCAGUGAUGGGAUUGUUGAGCACAUGGUGUCACAGAGCUUUCAAAAACCCAUAGAAAGAUGUACACACAGUGGGAGAUCUCACAUUGCAUGUCCUGAGACUUUUGCCAACAAUAAUCUAUAAGAUGCUUUUCACAAAUGGAAACGUAUUGUUUUUAAAUUCUAAAUUGCUCUCACUAUUUGAUUUACAUUAUUGAGUAUCUUUAAUGGAAAUAUAAAUUUUAAUGUGAAACAAUAGAACAUAUUUUGUGUCUUAUGUUUUUGGGAUCAGUAUGUCUUACCUGCUAACCACAUUGCAUUUCUCUGCUGUGUCAACACUUUAUUUCCAUGCAGUUUUAAACUCAUAUGCUUUGUGAUAGUUGAUCACCUUCAAUUAUGACAUAAUUAUACAUUUUAUAGUAAAUACUCACUGACAGAAAAAAAUAUAUUACUGAAACAUUUUAUUCUUGGGGACAGUAAUUCCAUAAAUGGGUGCAGUGGUAUUUUUGUGUUUAGGUCCAUUCAUGGAUAUAAUGUUUAUGGUAGUAUUGAUGAUGAAGUACCUUUGUAUCUGUGCACAAACUAUGGUUUACUCAUUGAAUAAGCUUCUAAACAAGCAGUAUUUGACUGUUUCUCUGUAAGUUUAUUGUUGUUCAUAUUUACUUAUGAAGCACAUUCUAUAUGUACUGUAAACAUCUAUAAUCAGAUUAUUAACUUAGAAUCCAACAGAAUUUUUCACUUACCCAUUUAUAAUUAUUUAUGGAUUUAAAAAAAAAAAUAAAACAAAUAAAGCUAUCUUCACAGCAA